AUGGACUCCUUGGCAGCCUCGGAGGCCGAGCUGGGCCUGGUGCACAGCCCAGAGUACGUGGCUGUGGUGCGGGGGACCCAGACCAUGAACACAGAGGGGCUCCAGGCGCUGUCGGGAAUGUACGACGCAGUCUACUUCCACCCGAGCACCUUUCACUGUGCCCGGCUGGCUGUGGGCGCUGCGCUGCAGUUGGUGGACUCCGUGCUGACAGGGGCCACGAGUAACGGACUCGCUCUUGUGAGGCCUCCUGGCCACCACAGCCAGCGGGCAGCAGCCAACGGGUUCUGUGUGUUCAACAACGUGGCGAUAGCAGCGGAGCACGCCAAGCAAAGACAUGGGCUGCACAGGAUCCUCAUCGUUGACUGGGAUGUCCACCACGGCCAGGGCAUCCAGUACACCUUUGAGGGAGACCCUAGUGUCCUCUACUUCUCCUGGCACCGCUAUGAGGAUGGGCGCUUCUGGCCCAACCUGAGAGAGGGAGACGCAGAUGAGGUUGGCCAGGGCUGUGGGCGGGGCUUCACUGUCAACCUGCCCUGGAACCAGGUGGGGAUGGGAAAUGCUGACUACAUGGCUGCCUUCCUGCAUAUCCUGCUUCCCUUGGCCUUCGAGUUUGACCCUGAGUUGGUGCUGGUCUCUGCUGGGUUUGACUCUGCCAUCGGGGACCCUGAGGGGCAGAUGAGCGCCACACCAGAGUGCUUUGCCCACCUCAUGCAGUUGCUGCUGCUGCUGGCCGGUGGCCGUGUCUGUGCUGUGCUGGAGGGUGGCUACCACCUGGAGUCCCUUGCAGAGUCAGUGUGCAUGACUGUGCAGGCGCUGCUGGGCGACCCUCCCCCACCACUGUCGGGGACCAUGGUACCCUGCUGGAGUGCCCAGGAAUCCAUCAAGCGUGUCCGGGCAGCCCAGGCCCCUUACUGGACCAGCUUCCAGCACCAGGACACUGGCCCAGGGCCAAGACCUAGGUCCUGCUCCCCAGAGGGCCAGCCCCCGCCCCCAGCCCCGGGGAGCCCGGAGUAUGUGGUGGCAGCAGAGGUGGCAGCAGCUGAAGCGGUGGUGGCACUAAGCUCCCUCCUGGACCAGCUGCAACACUGCCCACCACCGCUGAUCCGCACGGCCAUUGCCCUGACCGCCACAGAUGCUGAGGCCCUGGCCCUGCCAGCUGCGGUUCUCUGUCAUGAGGGGCCAGCCCUGAAGGAGGAGACAGAGGCCUGGGCCAGACCCCAUGAGGCCCUGGCCCGGGACGAGGCCCUUACAGCACUGGGGAAAAUCCUGACCCUGGUGGCUAAGAUCCUGAGGGGACAGGUGAGCAGCGGCAUUGCAGCCACGCCUGCCCCAGCCAUAGCUGCCAGCCUGGAUGUGACCCUGCGGCAGGGCCUGUGCCUGGGGGCCCAGAGAUUGCUGUGUGUGGCCGUAGGACAGCUGGAUCAGCCCCCGGACCUCGCCGAUGACGGGAGAAUUCUGUGGCUGAAUAUUGGGGGCCAGGAGGCAGCAGCCCACUCCAUGUUUCACAUCUCCGUGCCACUGCCAGGGGAGACUGGGGGGCUCUUGAGCUGUAUCUUGGGCCUGGUGCUGCCCCUGGCCUACAGCUUCAAGCCUGACCUGGUGCUGAUGGCUCUAGGACCGUCCCAUGGCUUGUCAGACGCCCAGGGUGCUUUUCUGGCCUCCAUGCUCUGGGGACCAGCGGGGGGUCGAGUCCUGGCGCUGAUGCAGGAGUCAAAACCCCAGCUUGCAGGGGCCCUUGCUCGGGCACUGCACGGAGAGGCGCCCCCCAGCCUGGGCUCUUGCCCUCCGAAGGACACGCAGGACCUGAGGCGCCUGAGGGGGCAGCUGUGGCCGCGGUGGAGGAUGCUGCUGCCGGGGCCCGGGCAGGCCGCCGCAGGGGACCAAGGGCUGCAGGAACGCUCGCAGGCCGCUGGCCUUGGGCAUCUCUCCCCAAGGCCGCCGUCUUCUGCCACGUCCCUGGAAGCUUGAAGCCGGCUCGGCGGGGCUAGCCCCAGGCACGCACUGCCCCUCCGCCAGCCGUGCCCUGCCCUCCAUCCUGAUCAGUAAACAAACUGAAGAGCCCCACUCCGCCUCCUUUAUUGGACCCAGCGCGGGAACGCCCCUCCAGC